GUCCCUGGGAUUCUCCAGGCAAGAACACUGGAGUGGGCUGCUGUUUCCUUCUCCAAUUAUAUGCAGUAUAUUCAUUUUCUGAUAACAACCUUUAGGAUGCUGGGUGGGUUUCCUAACUUGGUGGGUGACUUGGUCUCUUCAUAUGUAGUAAAAGGAAAUAUAUUUAAAAAAAAACUUCAGUUCUGUUCAACUGAGACAUGAUCUGAUUGUGUACAAACGAGAUAAGAAUUUACAGUGAUUAUUUGGAUCCAUGUUAAAGCUUAAAGACUUCAAAAUUUGUUUUUUGAUAAGAGAAGUUUUGAUAGAUAGAUUAAAUGUUUGAUUUAAGAAAUAAUAAUUGCUACCAUACAUUGAGGCCCUGUUAAUGCUCCAAGCAACAUUGUCUUACAUACUUUAAAGAUAUUUUCAGUGAUACAACAACCUGACACCUAAGACUCCCAGGACACUUCCCAGCUGCUACUCUGGGAGGUGGUUGGGCAGAUGCUCGUGUAUGUACCUAACAUAGCAGAUGCUCAGCAUGUAGAACUUAGUUAAAAGCCUAACUGCUGUAGGUGUCUGAAGGAAUUCGAGACUCACACUUAAACAGUGGUCAUGUAUUUUCAGCCCUGUUGGAGAGAGAGGAGUCAGGAAAUGCAGAGCAGUAAGCUCUGUGGCUGAAAAUGGGCUUCACGGUUCUGCCCAACUACCUGUCCACACAUCCUGGCAGCAGUUCUUAGGGGCGUUUGUCUCUUGAUAUGUUUUGAAUAUUCACAGAUAUUACAAAUGAGUUUGCUUCUGUAAUUUUAGAGCAAUUUUUCUUUCUUUGAAAGUUGUCUAUUCGGUUGUCUGUGUAAAAAGAAUUGAGUGAGGUGUUUUAUGUUUUAGGUUAAAAAUCUGUAAGAGCCUGAUUUUAGAAUUCACCAGCUCCUCAGAAGUUUGGCGAAAUAUGAGUUAUUAAACCUACGCUCAGAUCAAGUUAGCAGCUAGACUGGUGUGACAACCUGUUUUUAAUCAGUGACUCAAAGCUGUGAUCACCCUGAUGUCACCGAAUGGCCACAGCUUGUAAAAGAUCAUCAGGAGAACCUCAAUCUGACGACAUUGAAGCUAGCCGAAUGAAGCGAGCAGCUGCAAAACAUCUAAUAGAACGCUACUACCACCAGUUAACUGAGGGCUGUGGAAAUGAGGCCUGCACGAAUGAGUUUUGUGCUUCCUGUCCAACUUUUCGUCGUAUGGAUAACAAUGCAGCAGCUAUUAAAGCCCUCGAGCUUUAUAAGAUUAAUGCAAAACUCUGUGAUCCUCAUCCCUCCAAGAAAGGAGCAAGCUCAGCUUACCUUGAAAACUCUAAAGGUGCCUCUAACAACUGCUCUGACAUAAAAAUGAACAAGAAGGACGGGCAAGGAGCAAGAGAUGAUUUUAAAGAUGUGACUUACCUAACCGAAGAGAUGGUGUAUGAAAUUCUUGAAUUAUGUAGAGAGAGAGAGGAUUAUUCCCCUUUAAUUCGUGUUAUUGGAAGAGUUUUUUCUAGUGCUGAAGCAUUGGUACAAAGCUUUCGGAAAGUCAAACAACACACCAAGGAAGAACUGAAAUCUCUUCAAGGAAAGGAUGAAGAUAAAGAUGAAGACGAAAAGGAAAAGGCUGCAUGUUCCGCAGCAGCUAUGGAGGAGGAUUCAGAAGCAUCUUCCUCAAGGAUAAGUGACAGCUCACAAGGAGAUAACAACUUACAAAAGUUAGGCCCUGAUGAUGUGUCUGUGGAUAUUGAGGCUAUUAGAAGGGUCUACACCAGAUUGCUCUCUAAUGAGAAAAUAGAAACUGCUUUUCUCAAUGCACUUGUGUAUUUGUCACCUAAUGUGGAAUGUGAUUUGACGUAUCACAAUGUAUACUCCCGAGAUCCUAAUUAUCUGAAUUUAUUCAUUAUUGUCAUGGAGAAUAGAAAUCUCCACAGUCCUGAAUAUCUGGAAAUGGCUUUGCCACUAUUUUGCAAAGCAAUGAGUAAGCUACCCCUUGCAGCUCAAGGAAAACUGGUCAGACUGUGGUCUAAAUACAGUGCAGACCAGAUUCGGAGAAUGAUGGAAACAUUUCAGCAGCUUAUUACAUACAAAGUCAUAAGCACUGACUUUAACAAUCGAAAUUUAGUAAACGAUGAUGAUGCUAUUGUUGCUGCUUCCAAGUGCUUGAAAAUGGUUUACUAUGCAAAUGUAGUAGGAGGGGAGGUAGACACAAAUCAUAAUGAAGAAGAUGAUGAAGAGCCCCUUCCUGAGUCCAGUGAAUUGACACUUCAGGAGUUAUUGGGAGAAGAAAGAAGAAACAAGAAAGGUCCUCGAGUGGACCCACUGGAAACUGAACUUGCUGUUAAAACUCUGGAUUGUCGAAAACCACUUAUCCCUUUUGAAGAGUUUAUUAAUGAACCACUGAAUGAUGUUCUAGAAAUGGAUAAAGAUUAUACUUUUUUCAAAGUAGAAACAGAGAACAAGUUCUCUUUUAUGACAUGUCCCUUUAUACUGAAUGCUGUCACAAAGAAUUUGGGAUUAUAUUAUGACAAUAGAAUUCGCAUGUACAGUGAACGAAGAAUUACUGUUCUCUACAGCUUAGUUCAAGGACAGCAGUUGAAUCCAUAUUUGAGACUCAAAGUCAGACGUGACCAUAUCAUAGAUGAUGCACUUGUCCGGCUAGAGAUGAUCGCUAUGGAAAAUCCUGCAGACCUGAAGAAACAGUUGUAUGUGGAAUUUGAAGGAGAACAAGGAGUUGAUGAGGGCGGUGUUUCCAAAGAAUUUUUUCAGCUGGUUGUGGAGGAAAUCUUCAAUCCAGAUAUUGGUAUGUUCACAUAUGAUGAAUCUACAAAGUUGUUUUGGUUUAAUCCCUCCUCUUUUGAAACUGAGGGUCAGUUCACUCUGAUUGGCAUAGUACUGGGUUUGGCUAUUUACAAUAACUGUAUACUGGAUGUACAUUUUCCCAUGGUUGUCUACAGGAAGCUAAUGGGGAAAAAAGGAACUUUUCUUGACUUGGGAGACUCUCAUCCUGUUCUAUAUCAGAGUUUAAAAGACUUACUGGAGUAUGAAGGGAAUGUGGAAGACGAUAUGAUGAUCACUUUCCAGAUAUCUCAGACAGAUCUUUUUGGUAAUCCGAUGAUGUAUGAUCUAAAGGAAAAUGGUGAUAAAAUUCCAAUUACCAAUGAAAACAGAAAGGAAUUUGUCAAUCUGUAUUCUGACUACAUUCUCAAUAAAUCGGUAGAAAAACAAUUCAAGGCUUUUCGGAGAGGUUUUCAUAUGGUGACCAAUGAAUCUCCUUUAAAGUACUUAUUCAGACCAGAGGAAAUUGAAUUGCUUAUAUGUGGAAGCCGGAAUCUAGAUUUCCAAGCACUAGAAGAAACUACAGAAUAUGACGGUGGCUAUACCAGGGACUCUGUUGUGAUUAGGGAGUUCUGGGAAAUUGUUCAUUCAUUUACAGAUGAGCAGAAAAGACUCUUCUUGCAGUUUACAACAGGCACAGACAGGGCACCUGUGGGCGGACUAGGAAAAUUGAAGAUGAUAAUAGCCAAAAAUGGUCCAGACACAGAAAGGUUACCUACAUCUCAUACUUGCUUUAAUGUCCUUUUACUUCCGGAAUAUUCAAGCAAAGAAAAACUUAAAGAGAGAUUGUUGAAGGCCAUCACUUAUGCCAAAGGAUUUGGCAUGCUGUAAAAAAAAUUAAAAAUGGGAAGAAAAAGAAAAAAAAGAAAAAGAAAUUUAAAAUUUUAAUAAGUAUAACAAGAGGGAUAAAAUUGGUGGUGAUAGUGUCCCAGUACAAAAAGGCUGUUAAAUAGUGAACCACAGUAGUCACCUAUGUCUGUGCCUCCCUUCUUUAUUGGGGAUAUAUGGGCUGGAACAGCAGAUUUCAGCUACUUAUAUGAACAAAUCCUUUAUUAUUAUUAUUUUUUUUUUUUUUUGCGUGAAAGUGUUACUUAUUCUUUCACUUGUAUGUACAGAGAGGUUUUUCUGAAUAUUUAUUUUAAGGGUUAAAUCACUUUUGCUUGUGUUUAUUACUGCUUGAGGUUGAGCCUUUUUGCAUAUUUAAAAAUAUAUACCAACAAACUACCCUCCCAAGGAAAAUAUUGCCACCAUUUGUAGACCAUGUAACCUUCAAGUAUGUGCUAUUUUUUUUGUCCCUGUAUCUAACUCAAAUCAGGAGCUGUAUUUUUUUUAAACAAUUUGCUUUUGAAACUUGAAGUUUGAAAACAGUGUGAUGCAAUUGCUGCUGUUCUAGUCCCCAAAGAGUUUUCUGUGCAAAAAUCUUAAAAUCAAUAAAGAUGGAAGGGAGAACUUGGAAUGUUUAACUGCAGCCCUCAGAACUUUACUUUAGUAACAGCACAACAAAUUAAAAACAACUCAUGCCACAGUAUGUUGUCUUCAUGUGUCUUGCAAUGAACUGUUUUCAGUAGCUAAUGCUCCUUCUUAGUAUAUGGAAGGACAGGGAUUUGUUGUUGUUGUUUUAAGUUUAUUGGGGAAAAGUGCAUAUUGGCCAAAAGAAAUGAUAGUCAAACCCUUUGCAAGAAAGAUAAGAAGUUUGUUGUUUAUUAUAAGCGGAAAGCAUGUGAAAGUGCACUUAACUUUUUUAUCACCUCCUAUCGACCACAGUUAAAUAGACAAUCCAGAGUCUUCCCUUCUUGUCGUCGUCAGCUUACCCAGUCAGCCGUUUUAUCAAGGCACAUGAUCAGUGUUGGGACAUAGUGAGAGAACUGCUGUUGUGCCUUGUUUACCUAAUCAUACAGUAAUCAGAGACUUGGAAAUGAAUGAAACUGUUACUCUUAAGUCCUAUUUACUUCAUCUGUCCCCAAAGAUUAAAGUUUAUUUCAAAAAGUGUUAAAUACUACUUUCACGUACUGUGGAAAAGUACAGGUAGAUUUAAAUUACUAGACAUGCAGAAGUAAGUAGUUUCCCCUUUCUAGUCUUCUGUGUCUGUGAUGUUUCUUUCUUUUAUUGCAAUAUAAAAUAAAAGGAUCAUGUAUUUUUAACUGAGGAGAGACAUGUUGAUAUAUCCUUUUACUACAAGUUACAGCUAAUGUGCUGAGCUUGUACCUCGAUUGUUUUAACUGACCGUGACAGAUUAGUUUGAUGAUUUGUUUGAAAUUGGCAGGAAAAAUACAGCUUUCAAUCAUUGGAAGGGGAAAGAGGAUGUCUUUGAGAAUUAUUUUAGUUCUUUUAGUAAUUGAAACUUAACUGUUAUGUACCAUAAUGCUAAAUAAAACAGUGACAUUUUCACCAUAAUUUAGUGGAAAAAGAAAACAUUGCUUUCCAUAUUGUGAUAAGGUAACAUGGGGUUUUUCUGGGCCAGCCUUGAGAACACUGUUAAAAAGUAUGUACACUACCUUGAUUCAAGGGACCCUCAUGCUACUACAGUCACCGUAAAAGGCCUUUCAUUCCUGUGCUUCUUGUGUAUAAUGAAAGAAUACGAGAAAUCAAAUACUCUGGGGGCUUUUUGUAUAAUAAAUUCGUGAAGAAA